ACUAUCCAGUAUGAAAAUAAAGGGACCCCGUCCCACAAUUCUCAACUCAUUACCCUGUCCAGUACACUCGGCAAUCGUGCGUCACCUCUAGGGGUAAUUCAUCAUGCAUUUCUUUUAUUCUGUCCCCAUACUCUCGUUGUUCUCCGCCGCCGUUGCAGCAUCAAAUACUGGGUUGGUGGACGCAUCGGCCCCAGCUUUCGGCACUGCCGGGGGCCUGGUACGGAGAGCAUUACCGAACUCACCUAGUCGUGGGUACGCACCUGCCACAGUUGAUUGCCCCUCCAACCGGCCGACGAUUAGAAAUGCCGCCUCCAUUAGUACCAAUGAGUCGCAAUGGCUCAAGACUCGCAGGGCCAAGACGGUUGAUCCCAUGGUGGAUUUCUUAAGAAGGUCCAACAUAACGGACUUCGAUGCCGAGGCAUAUAUCACUUCGGUUCAGCAAAAUCUGACGGCUCUUCCCAACAUUGGAAUCGCCAUCUCUGGAGGAGGUUACCGGGCUCUCAUGAAUGGCGCUGGUUUUCUGGCCGCCGCCGACAGCCGGGUCGCGGGUAGUUUGGAUUCAGGUCUUGGAGGCAUCAUGCAAGCAAGCACUUAUCUUGCCGGUCUUUCUGGAGGAGGCUGGCUAGUUGGCUCGAUAUAUGCCAACAACUAUUCGACAGUGGAACAACUUCGAGACGGCAGUUCUGGCUCGGCUGUUUGGGCGUUCGAUAGGAACAUUUUCGAGGGGCCGGAAGCAUCUGGCAUCUCGAUUCUGAAUACGGCUUCGUACUGGUACGACAUCGAGGAUCAGGUGCAAUCUAAGCGUGAUGCCCACUUCGACACCUCCAUCACCGAUUAUUGGGGACGGUCGCUCUCAUACCAGCUAAUCAAUGCUACGGAUGGCGGUCCUGCCUACACAUUCUCUUCCAUCGCGAAAUCGCCCGGAUUUACGUCAGCAGACCACCCGCUGCCCAUACUAGUUGCCGACGGUCGCCAGGCAAACACGAAGAUUAUCUCACUGAACGCAACUGUUUACGAGUUUAACCCCUGGGAAAUGGGGUCAUUUGACCCGACACUUUUCGCAUUCGCGCCAUUGGAGCAUUUGGGAAGCAACUUUAGCGGCGGCAGUAUUUCGACGGGCUCCCGUUGCGUGAGCGGGUUUGAUCAGUAUGGUUUCGUGAUGGGCACAAGCAGUUCUCUCUUCAAUCAGUUCAUGCUCACGAACCUAUCUUCAUUUAACCUGCCUUCCAUCGUGACGGAUGCCAUUUCGAGCAUACUGUCAGGGCUCGGCGAUAGCAACAACGAUAUCGCCCAAUACACUCCAAACCCGUUCUUCGGUUACAAUUCGGAAACGAACUAUAACGCCGGCGAGACCGAAUUAAUCCUGGUCGACGGAGGAGAGGAUCUGCAGAAUAUUCCACUACAUCCACUUAUCCAGCCCGAACGCGGCGUAGAUGUCAUCUUCGCGAUAGACUCAUCUGCAGACACCACGUACAAUUGGCCCAAUGGGACAGCCCUGCGAGCUUCGUGGGAACGCAGCUUCGAGUCCAUCGGAAAUGGCACACAGUUCCCCGCCGUCCCCGAUGCCGAGACCUUCAUCAAUUUAGGCCUCAACAGCCGGCCGACCUUCUUCGGAUGCGACGUGAACAAUUUCACGUCCGACUCACCCGUCCCGCCGUUGAUUGUGUAUGUUCCUAAUACGCCCUACACGGCAUGGAGCAAUGUCUCGACGUUUACGCCGACGUACUCGGAUAGCGAGCGGAACAAUAUCAUUCAAAACGGAUUUAACGUUGCGACUAUGGGUAACAGCACGGUCGGUUCGGACUGGAGGACAUGUGCAGGAUGCGCCGUGUUGCAGCGUAGCUUCGUCAAGACCGGUACGAAUGUGCCGCCGGCUUGUCAGCGGUGUUUCGACUCGUACUGCUGGAAUGGUACGGUCGACAGCACGCCUGUGGUUUCAUAUGAGCCGACGCCCAAGUUGGAUCUUGCGGCUCAGAGUGCGGCGAGCAGGUCUAGAUUUGGGUCUGGAUCUGCGGGUUUGGGACUGGUCUUUGGAGUAAUGGCUUUGGUCGUGAUUUCGUAAACGCACAGGGAGUUGAGAUUCACGAUAUAUUGCGUAGAUCCAUCAGACUUUUGGAAGGAUCGACGCAUACCUUUGUACAAUGUAUUGCGGAAAGCAACUGGCGUUCGGCACAUGGAGAGGCGGCUAGCUCAGGGAAACAUGAUCUGAAUUUUACAUUACAUAUUUACGAUUUGACCCAGAUUUUGUGUCGACAGCCCGCCUGCACCAAAUUUCCUAUACAUAGUACUACUAUUCGAUUGACCGUCCAACCCAGUUUGGUGUGUAGAUAUCCCUAUGGGAGUUUUACCUACAAUGGAUACAUGCAUCCCAUAUUACGACUUAGCAGGCUAAAUUGCGGCUUCUGGCUUCGUGUCGAAGGUUUAUCAUAUCAUAGGAUUUUAUGAAGUCAACUGCCAUAUCGCAGUUACCAAAACGCCGUGAUAAGGCCUGGCGAGUAGUGGAUAAGUUGUACCAAGCAUUG